UACUUCGGUCACAGCGCUGGACAGUCGUUUAUUCGAGGUCAAAUGAUCCGACAAUUACCCCAAUGCUCGGUUGCCCUCUUAUUUGGAUGCAGCAGUGGCGCGCUUGGAUCGCAAGGCGAGUAUGAUCCACAAGGCUAUGUUCUCAAUUUCCUUAUGGGCGGAAGUCCUGCGGUUGUAGCCAACCUUUGGGAUGUAACGGACAAGAGCAUCGAUCAGGUGUCAAAGAAAAUGAUGGAG